AUGACAAACCCAAUUGGUUCAUUUUCAGCCGCUUCAAAUGCUUCUGGUAUUUUAGAAGAUACAAUUGCAAUUACCGAAUUCGACUCAAACAAUUAUAAUGCUCUUAGUUUCUGGGAAUGUGCAUGUGCUGCACCAAAUAUACAAAUCAAUAUGAAUCGGCCAGGAACGGUGCAUUUAAAUGUUAAUUUUACAAUGUCAUAUAAAGAGAUUGAUUUCUUAGUUCAAGCCUUAGAAUUUGUAUCAAGUCAUAGUUGGAAGUUUUUACCACUUUAUACAUUUGUCGUCGCAUCUGAUGAAUGGAAGCAUAGAAGCAAAUUAACCAAAAUGUUUUAA